AUGCCUUCAGCCACGAGACAAGAGCCGGUUCCGUUGCGAAAAUGGCGGCGACCUAGCAAAACCCAAGUCGAUCUGCCUUGGGCGGAUAUCCAACUUAUCGACAUAACGAAUUUCGACGCUCCAGGAGAAAAGAAGAGGUUGGCAGAGCAAUUGCGCAAAGCUGUGCAUGAAACUGGAUUCUUUAGUGUCAUAGGGACAGGUCUUACCGAAGAAGAAGUCCAACGACAGUAUAACAUUGGACAAGCAUUCUUUGACUUACCUGUCGAGGAGAAGGAUCAACCUCAGUAUAAGUGUGAUUUUACCGUGGGCAACUAUUUCGGGUAUCGGGCGCCAUAUGAGAAGAAGAUAAUGUCGACAGAGGUCAAGGAUAUUGUGGAAUCUUUCAACAUCGCCAAAUACAUUCCACAAUACGCCAAUGAAGCCCGCCAUCCAUUUUUCGAUGCAUAUCGAGAGGAGAUCGAAGAAUUUUCUCGGAAAGCUUUAAGUAUCGGUAGCAAGAUAUUCACGUUGUUUUCGAUCAUUCUUGACUUGCCAGAAGACUAUUUCUCUUCGAGACAUGAAUAUGAUUCUCCAAGCGAGGACCACCUGCGGUAUAUGACGUAUCAUCCCCGGACAGCUGAGGAAGACGCUCAGGUCGAGAACACAUGGUCGCGAGCACACACAGAUUUCGGAUCUUUGACAUUACUCUGGAGCCAAAAUAUCGCUGGGCUGCAAAUCAAGACCCAAAGUGGUGAGUGGAAGUACGUUCCGCCCGUGGACAACGGCAUCAUCUGCAAUGUCGGCGACACACUCGACUUUUGGUCUGCAGGAUACUUCAAAUCGACAACGCAUAGGGUAGUCCGACCGCCUCCUGAUCAGACAGAGGUGGACCGAUUAGGGUUGUUUUACUUCGUCCGGCCGGGUGAUAAUGUUGAUAUCAAGCCCGUGGCUUCGCCUUUGCUGAAGCAACUGGGCCUUGUGAGAGAAGAUCAGGAAGACGCAGAACCUAUCACUGGACUCCAGUAUGUACGAGAACGAGUGAAGAAUUAUCACAAUCACACCGAUUAUGCAGAUAUGCGAGGUAAGAAAUUCAAGAUUGGGAAUUUGGAGAUCGAGGAUGAAGCAAACUGA